CUGGACAGCACUGUGUAGUAGUGGUCCUCUACUAAAGGAGAAGCAUUCUAACAAUAGUGCAGUGCAGUAAUACUUUAUUACAACUCUUUCAUUCAGAGGAAAAAUAUUUGUUGAGGAGAAUGCUGGAACACUGUUUGCCAGAAAUGUUUCGUGGACAACAAAAGCUUCAAGACUUCCAGUCGGCAACAGGGUUGGACCUGAUCAUUGGCUUGCUCAGCUUGAUUGCUGACACCUUAUUGGUCAGAGGGAGGGGAUCUCUGGCCCAAGCAGUCGAGAGAUAUCUCUGAGAGGAAUGUGACCCAGGCCAGAGCCUCCUACUCAGAAGCUCGUUGUUUCCCCCCCGAACCACAUGAUUGAAACGCAUGGUGACAAUUUCAAGCCUUCAUGCAGCUCUCAUCUGUGUGCUCGGUCAGAAGGAGCCUCAUCACGCCUUUACCUCCUCUCAGGAUUAACAUCUUCUGUUUGAGGUCCUCUGAGAGGACCCGCAGAUAUGGAAAGAAACAAUGUCGCCUGGAUCUUGAUGCUCCUUCUCCUGGCCGUCCUGGGUGUGGCAGAGACCGCAGACCCUUUGACAGAUUUGGAAAAUAUCGCUGGGAAGUUGGUUUUCUAUCAGAUGGAUGGAAAUGCCACCUAUGUGAGGGACACAGGAGAGCUGGCUUCAGACAUCCCCACUGAGACCAUGUUCGAACUCUUCGACCCCCAGAAGAGCUUCAGCAAGGCAAAAUUCACCUAUACCUGGGACCUGGGGAACGGAGAGGUGAUUAAAGGGACUGAGCCGGUGGUCCGCUAUAAUUACGCAAAAUCAGGGAACUACACACUGCGGCUGAAAGUUGGGGUGAAUGUGACUGAAUAUGCACCUCUACUCACUGACUUCUACUCCAUGGAUGUCCAAGUACUCGAUGCCAUUAAAAACAUAGAGCUGAAGGGGCCUUCAGACUAUGAGGUAUCUCAGAACACCAGUCUGGCUUUCCAUGUUGAUGGAAGUCCUCCCAUGUGGGUGUGCUGGCGUGUCCUGCCCAACUGUGUGCCGGACACAUCGGGGGGCUGCACGCUGAGCAUGCUGUAUGAAAACACCCUGCGACUGAACCACACCUUCACCUCCAUCGGGAUCCACUGCCUGGAAAUCACCAUCCGCAAUGACAUCAGCAAGCUGCAGACCUCCUUCAGCCUCAACGUCAAGAGAGGCAGUAACACCCACAUCUUCUUCGUCCUGUCGUGUGCUGCCAUCCUCGUGGCAACCUUCUCCUUCAUCACGGUGAUCGCCUGCCGCCCUCGUCAUUUCAACAGAUCACAGAUGGCUGCUUCCGGUAAUGCAUUAUUCCUGAAGAACCAGGACUCUGAAGGCCAAAGCUCAAUUCUUUUUAACUUUUCCAACGUAGAGAUGGGAGAGAAAGAGCCGCUCCUGCUGGAGUUUGGGACUCAAUACUCCUCUUAACCACCUUGACUUUGGGGUCCUGCUGGCGUUCCUUACCUGCUCCUGCCCCAGGAUGAUGACUCCUCCCGGUUUGAUGGGGUGCCAGGCUGCCAGGUUGUCGCCAGUUCCCAGCUUUUCACCAUCUUGGAAAGCCUCCCAUUGGCCGUCCCGUGUGGUCCAGGAGAUGCAGAUGUGGUGCCACCUUCCAUCACGCACCUCCAGGGGCAGCUGAGCAACCUGUGGUCCAAACAAAAUGCAUUUAGUUAUGGAUUGCUUUUAUAAAACACAUGUAAGGUAUGGUUGUUGAAAGAAAGGAUACAGUUUGUGAUGGCUAACAAACAUACAGAGUGGUUGGAUUUAGCGGCGCAAGGAAAGUAAACAAUACACACUGGGGCAUCUAUUGAUUUAAAAAAUGAGGUUGACAUGAUAGACCACCAUUAGUUAUCAUCGAAAUUCCUGUUUAUGGGAUUGGGACACCAUUCACAUUUGGAAAAUAGAAAGCAAUUUGAACAGUAUACUGGUGACAAGUUAGAGUUUAAGAAGGUUAAUGUGGAGUUCCACAGGGGUUGGUUCCGGGCCCAAAACAUUUUCAUAUAUAUUAAUGACAUCUGUGAAUUUUCCAACAUGUUGCUGUUUAUUUUGUCACAUAAGAAAUUUAGGUGAAAAAACCCAAAUAGAAUUAUCAAUAAAAUCUCAAUAACACUUCUGA